CCGUGUGGAUGUGCACUCGUGUCACUUGCUUCAGGCAGACACAGCGUCUCUUUAGUGGGAGCCUCCUCUGGGGAUGGUGCGCACCUGAGGACGCUGAGCCUGGCCAGGACAUUCUUUGCAGGCUUGUCUGAUGGGGAAACUGCAGCACAGAAAGGUAAAAUGACUUGUCCCUUGUCACCCAGCAGGCUAGUGGAAGAGCCAAGAACAGAGCCAAGAUCUUCUGGGUUCCAGUCCACUCCUGUGCUGUGAACAAGGCAAAAGGGAGCAACAUGGUGAUAAAAUGCUCUUCAUGAAUGCCCUUAAUGUGAGCCAUCUGGAAGGAAUAACAUAACCCUUGUCUAUAAACACCACCCAAGUAUAUUAUCAGUUUCAGUUGACUUUUAAGGGAGACCAUCCGAUUAGGAGAAGAGCUGAAGAGAAGACAAACAAAAGGUAACUUCUUCAACCAGUCCCACUGUGCUUGUGAAGACCUUCAAUGUGACUGUGGUUUUGGUGUGGCACAUAGUCCAGCAUAUUCAUAAUUCCCUCCAGGCUAUAUAAAAUGAGCAUGGUGAUGCCCUGGUUGCUGCUGCUGCUGCUUCUGCUUGUGAGCUUUGGUUUACCUGCACCUAGACUUUCAGACAAGGACAUCUGCCUCUUAGACAACAAUAAGUUAAAACAGAAAUUAAAAUUCUUCCAAGACUUGCUUCACUUAUAUGAACUACAGCUGAAGGACCUCUUGGAGAACAACUAUCAUAGAACAAAGAGCAAGGUCUUCUCGGUCAGCAGGAGUAGGCAGCCUGCGGUACUUCUACCUCCAACUAGUGGAAAUCUUAUAGUCUAUGAUCAAGAUUGCUCUGCAGUGUUUAAUAGUAAAAAAACGGAAAAUGGAUAUUACCGGAUAAGGCCCAGCCCAGAGCAAGAACCUUUCCUGGUUUAUUGUGACAUGUCUGAUGGAGGUGGCUGGACUGUGAUACAGCGACGCAGUAAUGGCAGAGAGAAUUUCAACAGGAAGUGGGCUGAUUACAAACUAGGAUUUGGACGAUUUCAAAGCAAAAACGACGAAUACUGGCUAGGCAAUGAUCACAUCCAUGACUUGUUGGUUAGAGAGGAAAACAUGUUAAAAAUUGACCUGAUGGACUGGCAUGGAGAGAAACGAUAUGCUAUCUAUGAAAACUUCCAGAUCAAGAAUGAGCAGGACAAUUACAGGCUGUGGUUUGGCACCUAUUCUGGUAAUGCUGGCGACGCUCUGUCUGGUGGGAGCAACUUUAGAGAACAGUGGUCUGCAUCACUCAGUGGGAUGCAGUUUACCACGUCAGACAAGGAUCAUGAUAGAUUCUUAACAGGCAACUGUGCAAAGGAGAACAACUGCGGUUGGUGGUUUAACAGAUGCCAUGCAGCAAAUCUCAAUGGACAAUAUUAUAAGGGAGGAAACUACACUGGACCCCAAGAUAAUGGAGUGGUUUGGUCAUCCUGGCAUGGGUUCUGGUACUCACUGAAAUAUACGGUCAUGAAAGUUAGGCUUCCAUCUUUUGUCAACAUAGCGAGUGGAAAUGGUGAGAACAGUUAGGACAACGAGAACCUGCAUCUUUGGAGAGCACAUAGAGGGGAAAAGAUUUUAAAGAUUAAGGACCAGUCCAUCACCUGCUGUAAAUGAACAGUCCUGCACUGUAGAAAGUAAAGCUUCAUCCGUUUCUACCAGCUGAGGAUCAAGGCACAAGUUCUUACAGCACAUCAGUCAUUUGAUCUACUGGAGAACAUGAGGCUCUCUUUCAUUCAUGGUAAAACCAAUGGAAAUGCUUCAAGUUUCUUUUCCAGAGAACUCUGAGGCUUUAGUGGAGAGUGGUUAACCAUCACUUCACAGGAUACACUCUGCACUUUGCAGGACCAAAUCUUUCUCACCUUGAUUUCAGUGGUCAAGUGAGAUGAGCAGUCUGAGAACCUAGAAACAGAACAGGGUGGCAGAGAUCUGCAAUUCAAAGCUGUCAGCUAUAGGGAGGCUUCAAAUUCAGAUUAUUUCUUAAAGUGCUUUUUACAAUGCUUAAAAUGAAGGUAAGUAUUCUUAGGAUUUUUUUUAAAUUCAAUUACACUGUGUUCAUAAAUUAUUGUGCAGUGUGGUAGACAACUUUAUACUCCAGAAAGUGAAAAUGAUUAGAAACACAAGCCAGAGUGUUCACUUCCACUUCCUUAUCCAAAUAACAGUGAAACAAAAAGAAUGAGCAGCACAAAUAAAGGACCAUAAGAAAUAUAAGGCUGAAAAUUACUUCUCACCAAUAAUUAAGUGGUUAGUAACAAAAGUCAGGAAUGAAAAAUACUUUGGACUUGAGGCAAAUGAUUUCCCUUCCAUGUAGCACAAGUCUAUAUUUUGUAUUAUUAUAAAUAUGAUCUUUUAAACUAGUUGUUCUUUUCAGUUUAUUUUACAUUUAGAUCAAUACAUAUCAUAAUUUGUAUUAAACAUCCAUAAAAUAUGAAUUAAAAUAAUCUGAAUGGAACAUUAUAUUGCAUCUGUCCUUAAACAAUACUGAGAUGGACAAAGAUCUGGAUGGAAAGUCAGGAGUUCCUAAGGGAGGUGAUGCUCCAAGACAUUUAACUCGCAUUCUUGUCUCUGGUUCUAGUGAUUUUUUUCAGGGUCCAUAAGACUAGCUUAAUUUUUUUUAAUUGAGCAGCAUUAGAACAGCUGUAGAGACUCACAGAGGUUCAGUGUAAAAUCUGUUAUGUUCAGUCUCCUGGUGGCUUAUCUAAUGUUUUAUGAUAACCCCCACACUGGACAUAUAAGGACUCUUACACCUGUUUAGAAAAGACCUAAAUGACAUCCUGUUUGAGAUAAGGGCCAAAGUUGGCCUCAGUCAGCAGUGUGUUCACAAGUGUGGCUUAGGUCAGGAGGCUGCAUCAUAGAGUGAAUGCAACGAAAGCCUUGACUCCAAGCAUAUCAAAUAUUCAUGUGAAAGGAGAAUCAUGAAUGGUGCCAAUAUUUACUCUUGUGACUAAAGGCGCCGGAGUGGAGUUGAAAACUAGUGCUGUUCCUUUCUCUGUUCCAGCUGUUCUCAAUCUUUUUAGACUCAAAGUCCCCUUGAUAGACUUGAGGCAUCACCCAGAAAAUGCCAGCUCUUAGUUUUCACUCUAUUUUUUAUUACAGAAAAAGAGCAGUUUUUCUGUUGCAAAGCACUCAAAAAGACCACAACAGUGGAUUUGUUUGAAAUCUCUCGGUUUAUCUGGUGAAUUGUGUUUGCAAAACACCCUGAGGCACUCUUGAAAGGAUCUCAAGACACCCUGAAGUGCUAUGGUACCCUGGUUGAGAAUUACUGCUCUAUUCAUCUGUACUUCUCUGGAAUGUCUUAGUGUGGGUUCCUAGGUACCUAGAGCAUUGUGGUAAAUCAGAGGUUAUCAAAACAAAUUGGUGCAAGCCUAUGAGUCCCUAUCAACCUUAACUUUAACAUACAGUACAACUGGGCUGCCCUUGACAGUAUCCAGUAGCAAUGAGGCUAUUUCUAUCAAUGCAGAAAGCAGAGACUAGGUUGAGUGCAAUAUUUGCUUGCCAUCAGUCUACUCAGGAAGAUGCUAGCACUUCUAAUAAAUACUACUGCUCUAACUGGCUGCUGGAGACAUUUCCCAAAACAGGAUUACAGAAGGGUAGUUAUGUACAGCAGGAUGCUGAAAUUAAUGUCAGUGCCAAAAAGCCAGCGCUAUGCUUGCACAAGUGAUCACUGAGCACCUGAAAGUGCUAAAUACAGGUAAAAUCCAGUCAAUAAAACAUUGUAAAACAUACGAUUGACUUAGAACAAGAUCCUACACAGCCAAAAGCGAUUCCACGCCCCCCUGCCCCCCCCAAAAAAGUAGUCCCACCUUCUACCUAUCAUUCAUUUUUAUGAGAGACAGAGCUAGAGGGAUCUUGGGAGGUUUUCCAGCACUUUGUCUAGGGACUGUCAUGUCUAAGACAAGUGAAUAAGAAACAUUUUGCUUGUUACACAGGCACCCUCCAUAGUGAAUAAGAAACAUUUUGCUUGUUACACAGGGCCAAGAGUCCUGCUGGCCUGGUACAUAUUUGAUCCAAGUUAGGAAGCUGUGCUCAUAUAUACAUAUAUAUGCUCAUGCAGUCCGUCAGCAUGUCUUUCCCAGUAGGACUUGGGUGGUAGUACAGGUCCCUGCUUUGGGAGCCUCACUUGGCAAGUUGCAGACUGUAAAACAGUCCUUGGAACUCUGCAGUUCUAAAUUAGACAGAUCGCUCCUCUGAAGCGACAACAGGCUGCACACGAUCUGAUUUACCUUGACAUACAGUUGGGAAAUAACCUCAGUAAUAGUCUCAAGGCCUGAUCUCAAGCCCACUAAAGUCAGUGGAAAGACUUGAUAAUUUGGAUGUGUUCUGGACUGGUCCUCAAGCAUGAAUGUGUUAUGAGACACUUUGCAUAAUAAUCACUGUAGUCUUCCAUUUUCAGGAUGUUAUUUAAUACAAGCCUGGUCCUCACGCAACGGUACACUUGUGAAAAUCCAAUUCUGGAAUGGCCUAAACUUUCACAAUGCUGCAUAUUGGAACAGGCCUUAAGAAAGAGAUGACUCCUAUCGUAGUGCAAGCUAUACAUGUCCUAAUGGCAGGUGGGAAGAUGUUACACAUUCCAGAUGAAGUCUGUGCAAAAUGAAGCAUUUAAUCACAUUGAAUCAAAUCCCAAGAUCCUUGCUCUGUUUUUGCUAUUGCAAUGAGCCAUAGCAAGAUGUGCAAGAGCUGAUGAUCAGUGUUCACCCUGAGCAUAUCAGCAUGGUACCUACCCUAAGCAGGUGUGCCUUAUUAUUAUGCUGUCAUUUUCUUAAUAAAAACUGGGUAUGUUUGUGAAAUGAAAAACAGUUCCUUGUAAAAGGAUCAGAAAGAGUAGGAUGGAGAAGGAUAUAACAGUGUAAAAGCCAUGGGUGCCUAUACAUGUGUUCAGGGGUGGUGAGGGACCAUUGUAAUUACAGGGGUAUCCCAAGAUUAGCUCUAAUUAAAAUGGCUCACUGUCAC